CCCCGCCCCCGCGGCGGCGCGGGGCGUGGCGACCCCUCCCGCGGCGCUGAGGGAACCAGCGGCCCGCCCGGCCCGGCCCGGCCCGCCCGGCGCUGCCCGCACCGGCACAGGCCCAGCCGAGCCCCGCGGGGCCCCCGAUGAUGCCGGGGGCGCGGGCGGCGGAGGAGCAGCGCCUGGACGUGUGGCGGCCGCCGCCGCCCCAGUGAGGGCCCCGCCAUGUCGGUGAUGGUGGCGAGGAAGAAGGUGGUUCGGAAAUGGGAGAAGCUGCCGGGCAGGAACACCUUCUGCUGCGACGGCCGCAUCAUGAUGGCCCGGCAGAAGGGCAUCUUCUACCUGACGCUCUUCCUCAUCCUCGGCACCUGCGCCCUCUUCUUCGCCUUUGAGUGUCGGUACCUGGCAGUCCAGCUGUCCCCAGCCAUCCCUGUGUUUGCAGCAGUUCUCUUCCUAUUUGCCAUGGCUACGCUCCUGCGGACGAGCUUCAGUGAUCCUGGGGUGAUCCCAAGAGCCCUGCCUGACGAGGCAGCCUUCAUCGAGAUGGAGAUUGAGGCCACCAACGGGACCGUGCCGCAGGGUCAGCGCCCGCCCCCGCGGAUUAAAAACUUCCAGAUCAACAACCAGAUAGUGAAGCUGAAGUAUUGCUACACAUGUAAGAUCUUCCGUCCGCCCCGUGCCUCUCACUGCAGCAUCUGCGACAACUGUGUGGAGCGCUUCGACCAUCACUGUCCCUGGGUGGGCAACUGCGUGGGGAAGAGGAACUACCGCUAUUUCUACCUCUUCAUCCUCUCGCUCUCACUCCUCACCAUCUACAUCUUCACCUUCAACAUAGUCUACGUAGCACUGAAAUCUCUGAAGAUUGGGUUUCUGAACACGUUGAAGGAAACCCCAGGGACUGUACUGGAGGUGCUCAUCUGUUUCUUCACCCUGUGGUCGGUGGUAGGGUUAACUGGGUUCCACACCUUCCUGGUGGCACUGAAUCAGACAACCAACGAAGACAUUAAGGGUUCCUGGACUGGGAAGAACCGCGUGCAGAAUCCCUACAGCCAUGGCAACAUAGUGAAGAACUGCUGUGAGGUGCUUUGUGGGCCUCUGCCCCCCAGCGUCUUGGACAGACGGGGCAUCUUGCAGCAAGAGGAGAGUACAGCUCAGGAGGAGUCGUGCCCACGGGGGCCCAGCACUCAAGACCCCACUGCUGCUCAGGGCCCCGGUGGGCAGGCAGAGGAGAGCAGCGCUCAGCAGAAGGAUGGCAGCCUUCCUCACCUGAGUGCCGUCCCUGCGCCAUCCCUGAGCAAUGCUGAGAUGCCAGAAGAGAAGCAGCUAACGUCUGGGGAGCUCCCAGUCCCAUCCCAGGACGCUGGGCAAGCAGAGCACUAGCAUCUGCUUGAAAGGGAGAACUUUCUUGUUUUGUCUAAUCAAAGCUGGAAGUGAUAGAGGAGAGGAGGAGAUGGGCUGGAUGGCAGGCAAACGAUUCCUCAUGGCCAUUUUGCUUUAGUCAUUAUUCACCUCGAUGCGCAGGCAGUGUGGGCUGGCGCUGGCCUUGCAUGGUGUCAAAGGAUAACGAGCGUGAGUGGCCCGCCUCGGUCACCGAGGGGCACUCACCACCACUGAGGCUGGCCUGCCUGCAGGCCGAGGCAGGACCUCUUGCUCUGCAGGUUGUCCUGGAUGCUAAAUACCGGCUCGGUGGCCGGGGCUGUCCCUCCGUCUGGCCCCGACUCUUUGAUGAGACGACUUGUGGUCAAGCAGCUCAGAAGCGACGUUAGGGUCGGCCUGCUCCCUACUGCUGAGGAAUCCUGAUGGGAAGGGGAAAGCAAUUUAUGGCAGUAGCGUCCUCUCUCCCCUCCUCCCUCCUUCCUCUAAUCUGUGGCAUUGUUUUAUUGGUUAACGUGGCAGGGGUUGUCGGGAGACAUUUUGGUGCCAAGAGGGCCAAAACAACCGGGAAGGCGUUCUGCUGGCAACGAUUUUUAAAGUAGCAUCCUUCCCGCGCUCCUUCUUUUCAUGUGACUUAGCCGGCGUGAGAGUGGUCGAGGCGGGGGCCUCCUUCCCCGGGGGCUCACGCCUAACUGGGGGCUUGAGGGAAGGAGUGGGGCAGCCCGUCUUCCUGCCGCUUGUCCCCGCCCCGCACCGGCCGCAGAGCGGUUGUGCAAGGGGUGUAUCGAGCUGCAGGGAAGGGUCUGCCUGUGCCACUGGGUCUCUGGCUAGUGCCGGGGCUGCGUUUGCUCCUGGGUGCCAGUGCCCAGCACAGGCAUGCCCUCCCCUUGCCCACCAGGCUGUGGCAUGCCGCUCGGCCGCUGCUCUGCAGAACCUCAGCCCCGAUUCUGUGUCGUGUCGUUGUGUCCCGCUGUCCCCCCUGCCUUGCCCUGCAUUUCUCAGCCAUCCUCGACUGGCUUUCAGAGCCUUGAAUCUCCCCUGGGCUUUGCUGGCUGUCCUGGGGCUGGCUGUGCAGUGUCAGCCAUCUGCAUCUCCUUGGCAGAGGAGGGAGGAGAGGCCAGGGCCAGGCGGUGGUGGAAGACCUCUGUGCCAUGGCCGGGCUCCUCUUCCACUGCGACGCUCCCUGUCCCGUGCUUGGCAGCCGGGCUGGGCAGAGCCUCAUGUCUGCAGGGUUGCCGUAAAGGCCGGCGAUGGAGGGAAGGCCGUUUUGUGCCCUGGCAGCUUUCCAUCCUGUACCACGAGUGCUGGGUACUUCUGUGCCUCCCCGCAGACAUGUGGUGAGUGGGUGGCAGGUGGAGGAUGUCCUGCCGGGGCAGUCCUGCUUGUUUCUCCGUGAUGCUCCUGCCUGGCAGCGUGAAGUUGCUGCUGCUUCUUCCCUGGCCUCAUUUGCCAUCCCGCUUUCGACAGCGGAGCGAAGCGGGGAGCCUCGUCCCUCCGGAGCCUGAUGCGUGCCUCCCGACUCGCUCCUCUUCCCUGGCCCCUCGCAGUGUUGACCUGGGCCGUGCCUGGCAGCGGGUGAAGUGGUAUUAAGCUGGCGACUGGCGCUGCCCCCUCUCCCGUAGUGCCGGGGUCUCCUCUCCCGGGUGAGGGGGCAGAGCUGCCACCCUGGGCUCCGGCAGCGGGUUCACAGUUGCCCUGCAGCUGCCUUCAGCUGCUCCCUGCUGGCGCUUACCAGGGAAGGAGCCCUGGCCUCCCACUGCCAGCGGGGCCGGAGCUGCCUGGCCUGCGGCCGCUGGCACCCUGCAGCCAGAUCUGGCCCGUGUUCCCCCCCCAGCCAGGGCAGGGGGGGUCCUGGGACCAGCCCCGGGUUGCUGCUGCGCCUGGCCCCACGCACACCCCGCUGGCAGUGGGAGCCAACCCUCCUCUCUCACCCGCCCCAACACGCUACUGACCAAAUCUCAAACUCGUUGUGAAAAAGUGUAUUUUUUGGUUUUACUAAUCUAUUUUCUAAUGCGGUGUGUCGAGUGCUGCCUGCUGGGGCCGUCACGGAUGCUGCCUGCACCUGUGGUUCCUGUCUGCUCUGUUCAGGUUCUCCGUGAAGGAAGUGGGGGUAGGGCGAGGGUUGGGGUUUCUUUCUUUUUUCUUUUUUUUUUUUUUUUUUUUUUUUAAUUUUAAAACAAUGAAGGAAACUUAAUUGGUUUGAAAAAUGGCUGAGCUGUAGCUUCUGCCUCUGUCUGUGCCUCCCCAAGCCGGCUGCCUCUUUCCCCUCCCCUGUGACUUUUCCAGCCUCUACAUCUCACACUUCCAGGGUGUCUUA